AUGUCUUCCUUACAGCAAGCAGACAUCGUGUUCCUUGCCAGCUUAGCUGUGCAUCAAUCUCCCAUUGGUCUCACCUAUGAUUGCGCAGUCUGUGGAGGCGCUCUUCCACUUACCAUCUGUCGGAGUGAUAGGAGCGGGAACUCAGGAAAGCCAAUGGCUAGGCAUGGAUCCUGCGCCUUCUUCCGCUGGUUCCCUCAGCUUCUCUCGCAUCCAGAUAUCAUGGCUCUCAUCCCUGGAGGUUCUCCUACCCUUGGCGCAGCCUCUGCAGCUCCCUUCCCCUCAACACAACCUCUGCCCUCGAGUUCUCAGCUGCAACCUAACAACAAGAAGUCACACAAGCGAGGUGAGCCAUGCAUUGGCACGUUCUGUCGUCGACCUUGUGCACUGCAAUGCCCCCAUGGAAAGUGCCUUUCCCAUUGCACUACGGACGAUGGAGGAUGUCCAGUGCAUGUCACUGAUAGCGCAGACAACCAGUGCCCUCAGGCUGAUGUGCAGCAGGAUUGGGAUUGGGGCUUUGACCAGGAUACUCUUGCUGACUUGGAGACCCACUGGCAUGAUUUGUCACUCGACGCCGGGGCUGAGAUGAAUGAUGGGUUGAGGGCGCUUCAGCAUGCACUCCAGUCUGCUGGUGCUAGUGGCCAGCCCGUAUUCCCAUCGUUCCAUGAUAUCUUGACGGCUCCUGUGCAACCUCCUGCCCCAUCACAGCAGCCUCAGGCUAGUCUGCCCCCCCUGUCACAACCCCCUCAUCUUCUGACGCUCUCCCAGAAUUAUGAUGCCUCUGCCAUGCACGCAUUCCCGAUCCACACUCCAUCAAAGCCCCCCCCCGCUGACCUGCACCAAACUGGUUCGGUGCAUGGAUGA